GGGGAAACUUUAAAUCCUCCCCCACUCUCAGUAAAUGUCACGCGCGCACCAGAGAGCCAAAUGCUUCGAUCAAACCAUAACGGUCUCUCCGCUUUCAAACCCUCUCUCUCUCUCUCUCUGCAACUCUCUCCCAAAAACCCUAAUCACCACUAUAUUGGAUUCUGAUCUAUUCCAAAAAUACUCUGUAAUUUGAUUUGAGAAACUUUGGGCUUGAAUUUCAAGUAUUUAAGGCUCUGGUUCUCACAGAAUCAGAGAGAAUCUGCACUAGUAUAUAUGAGGGUUUUGAAGCUGAUAGAGCGGCGGCGUUUGGCUCCGGUGAAGCGAAACGACGUCGUUGAUGAGAACGAAGGUGUACGGAGCAGGAGCGUCACUCACUCGUAUAAGAAACUAGCUCCGUCGCCAUUGCUCACGCUCUCCGUUCUGAAGCUCGACGGCUCUGUUUUCGAAAUUCAUGUUGGGAGGACAGCGACUGUAGCAGAGCUCAAACAAGCAGUAGAGGUGGUGUUUACUUCUUCUAUUAGCAAGAUUCCAUGGUCACUAGUUUGGGGGCAUUUCUGCUUGUGCCAUGUAGGUAAGAAGCUAACUAAUGACAGAGCGCAUAUUCGGAAUUUUGGGAUCAAGGAUGGUGAUCAAAUUGAAUUCAUUAGGCAUAUGUCCAUCAGCAACAUGCCUUUGGAAAAAGGGUCUAAGAAUGAGACUGUGCCAUACAAACAGCACUUAAUGUUGUCAUAUGGAUCAAGUGGUCAUGAGGAGGAAGUACAGAAUGGUUCAGAGGAUUUUGACAAUAAUGUAAGUCAGGAGGACAACUCUGAGUAUCCCAAUAGAGCUGUGAAGGAAGGUCCUGUGCCUGACUUUAAGUUGCCUCGUUUCUGGAAAGGGUGGCUCUCCUACUCCAAGGUUGUCGAAGGUUUUAAGAGAGGGCAGGAAUUAUUGAUUGAGAUGCCUGAAUUCCUCAGGAAGCGGAUCUAGGAUGAUGCAUCGAAGGGUACUUAGCCACAGCCACAGCAGUAGAAUCCAUUUCAAAUUCAAGUAUGACCUGUUUGAGCUAGAUUUCCUAGGCAUAUAUAUUGUAUGAAGUUAUUCUGUCGCAGAUUAAUGCCUUUGAUGCUCCCUUGGUCCUACACCUAUUUUCUGCAUCUAGGCAAAAAAGUGAAAAAAAAAAUGAGGCUGUAUCUAAAUGAUGCUUGUGUAAGUACUAACUUACUAAUUCUAAUUCCAAUAUUCUCCUAAAACAGAUCUUGUAAGUAAGGAUUUUU